GCCAAUGCUUUCACAACAGAGAUGGCGGCUGCGUAAAGAAAGUCAAUCGCCGUUUUGGGCUUUUUUCUGAGUAAUUUAGGGCGCUUUUAAAUUCCUUUCAGUUUAAAUCUCGUUUUCGUUAACUGUCUUCGGCAAUAUGGGAGGCGGUGACCUGAACUUGAAGAAAAGUUGGCAUCCGCAAACGCUGAAGAACAUCGAGCGGGUGUGGAAAGCGGAGCAGAAACAUGAAGCUGAAAGGAAGAAGAUUGAAGAGCUGCAGAAGGAGCUGAAAGAGGAACGAGCUCGAGAGGAAAUCACCAAAUACGCUCAGGAGACGGGCGCUUUAAAACGGAAAGAUGAACGUCUGGACUGGAUGUAUCAGGGCCCAGCAGGACAGAUCUCCCGUGAGGAGUACCUCCUGGGCCGUCCCGUUGAUAAGCAGAUCAUGGACCAGUAUGAGGAGCCGGAGAGCGGCCCUUCCACCGAGACUGGCCUUCUGCCCGGCUCUAUAUUCAACCCCAGCACCUCAGUGUCCAGCCUGGACAUGGCUGCUAAGAUCAGGGAAGAUCCGCUUUUCGAGAUCCGUAAACGAGAGGAGGACAAAAAGAGAAGCAUUCUCACGAAUCCUGUUAAAAUGAAAGAAAUCCAAAAAAUGUUGCGUCAUAAUCUGGAAAAGGAAAAAGAGAAGAAGAAGAAGAGGAAGAAGGACAAGAAGGAGAAGAGGGAAGAGAAGGAAAGGAAGAAAGACAAGAAACACAAACGGAGGAGCUCCAGCUCUGAUGAGGAAGACAGAAAGCACAGCAGAUCAAGGGAAGAAAAUGGAGUUGUUGGACGUUCUCAUUCGCACCAGAAAUCUGGCUAUGGACUCCAGUUACCAGCCAGCAGAUCUCACCAUUCAUCAGACUCAAACCAUGCAGAUCACCAUCGAGACAGGAGCCGCUCUCCACUGCGUCACAGGGAGGACAAGAACAACCACUCCUCUUAUGAAUCAGACAAAAGGUCCAAACCCAAAGCUCCAAGCCCCUCCCCACAGAGAGACCGCUACCGCAGACCCCAGAACACCAACCACAGCAAGCGUCUCUCGGCUGAAGAGCUGGAGAGGAAGAGGAAGGAGAUGCUGGGCUUUGCUCGUGAAAGAGAGGAGGAGAGAGAGAGCAACGUGAAGAGGUACAAACGACAAGACGAACAGGAGAGAACCCGAGAUGAUGUGAGACGUGGCAACCAUGCCAGCUUCAUACACAACAUGAAGCUGGAAAGUGCUGCCAGUUCAUCAGUGGAGGACCGAGUCAAAAGAAACAUUCAUUCCAUUCAGAGGACCUCUGCCUCCCUGGAGAAAAACUUCAUGAGAAGAUGAGCACAGAGAGAAGGAAACCAGCCAUUAUUCCGGUUUCUUUGGUUUCUCUAAAUAAGAGGGUCAGUUCAUUGUACUGUAUAUAGAAUUUGUUGUAGGUGAGUCCUGCCUAACCUCAUACUGAUCUGAAGAUGCCAGAGAGCAGAUAACAGAUGUGUUCACCAGCACUGAUGUAUUAACGAUGCUUGUACAGCAUUUUAAAUAUGUCUUAUCAGUUUUAUUAAAUUAUAUAUAAUGUA